AUGGUCGGUGCGAGAACAAGCAGCAACACUAACUCCAGGAACCUAUCCUCGGAGCAAAUUGCAGCAAUGACCAAUGCCACCAUCCAGAAAAUCGAAAGCUCAAGUCCGCGGAACCGUCUUCGCGCCGGCACAACCGUGACCUAUCACGACACAACUUCGAUAGGUUACGGUUGGCUUCUUCCAGGUUGGGUUGCAGAAGAACGGCGAGUCCAAAGUGGAAGAGUAUAUAGGUACUACUACGAUCCACAUGGGUCGUUCUACGAGAGCCAACAAAAGGUGGUGGAGGCCUUGGAGCAGUUCUGGGGAGCAAUAUUAGAAUAA